AAUUUAAUUUCAAAUAAACAAUAUAGUUAAUCAAAAAUUGUGGAAUGAUGUGUAUGCACGCGUUGAAUUAUAAAAAUGUUAAAAAAAAAUCGUUAAAAUAUAUGUAUGUGUUGUUAGAAUACAGUAUUGGACGACUGACUAGAACUCACGAUAUCAAAGGGUUUUCAAGGCAACAUUUACUGUUGUUUCUGUCCGUGAAAACCAUUAUCCUGGGUACUUUAUCAGCCUGUUUUACUAAAAUCCUAUCGUAUUAGGUAUCAGUUGCUGUGGGUGUUCCUGUAUGUGUAUGCGCGUGUGUGUGUGUGUUGCGUAUGUGGGUCGUUGUAGUAAAGUUCAUUUGAUUGAUUUAUUAUGGACGGGUGCUCCAGCCAUGCUGCGCUUUGUCAAUGACUGUCAGUAUGUGUCCUGAACGGGAGCCCUCAGUCGUCUGUGGGCAUGUUUGUGUCUCCGUUGGCUGUUUUAUAUUGUGUAUUUAUACACUGAUUGAUUGUUAUUGCUGCAUGAUACUUUUAUAUACGUUUUGGUUAUUUUACGUUCUUGCUCAUUUGCCUGAAAUUACAAUUUGUUUAGCCGUCACCAUCAAGCCCAAAGGAAACUAAGAACAGCACCAAUUAAGAUGGCGUCUAGUGAUAAUUUUACUUAGCGCACAAAAGUAUGCAAUGCGAAUGUCACGAUUAAGCCGUUAGUUACCUGAGCAGCACAGCACAGCAAACAACCCACGCACAUGCACAGAAUUUGCCGAUUAUCAACUCGCAAGAGCGCACAUUUCUUAUGUACAAAGUACUUGUUUGCUAAGUAAAUAACAGUUAGAAAGACUUAGACAAAAGAAUUCUUAAAAGUAACAACAAAACUCUUAACGUUUAACUCUAAUCGUCGACAAUGGCCAAUACAGCGCAACUGUUGCGCCGCCAGAGCUCGCGUGACAUUGUGCUCAAGAGCCAAAAAAGUAUCGAUCAAUUGGAGCUGCGGGAGCUGCGUGGCCGUCUGGUCUCCAAGGAGCAUGGCGUCAGUCAUCAUCAUCACACAUCACUGCAUCACCAUCAUCAGCCCAUGUAUGGUGCCACAAAUCAGGGCUUCAUGUCCGAUGCCUUUGACGAGUCAUCCGAACUGGAACAGGAGCCACCAUUUGGAUCCGAUGCCAGCACCAGCAAAAUUAAGGUCGAGCUGGCCACUGCUGUCGAUCAACAGGAACAGCAGGAUAUCGUUGAGGGCGAGAAGGAGGGUGACGAGCGCGAGAGCUGGGAUAGCAAAAUUAUGUUUCUGCUGGCCACCAUAGGCUAUGCAGUCGGCCUGGGCAAUGUUUGGCGCUUUCCAUAUCUGGCGCAGAAGAAUGGCGGCGGCGCCUUUUUGGUGCCCUACUUCAUAAUGCUGUGCAUCCAGGGCAUACCGAUCUUCUAUUUGGAGCUGGCCAUUGGACAGCGACUGCGCAAGGGGGCAAUUGGCGUAUGGAGCCAGGUGUCGCCAUAUCUUGGGGGCAUUGGCAUCUCCUCGGCAGUGGUUAGCUUCAUUGUGGCGCUGUAUUACAAUACGAUCAUUGCCUGGUGCUUGAUCUACCUGCUGCACAGCUUUGAGUCGCCAUUGCCCUGGGCCGAUUGCCCGACACGCCUCUACAGGAACUACACGUACGAUCAUGAGCCGGAGUGUGUGGCAUCAUCGCCAACUCAAUUCUAUUGGUAUCGCACCACGUUGCAGUGCUCGGAGGGCGUGGACAUGCCGGAGAACUUCAAUUAUCACAUGGCCAUUGCACUGAUUGUGUCCUGGUUUCUGGUCUACAUAUGCAUGGUGCAGGGCAUAACAUCGUCUGGCAAAAUAGUCUAUAUGACGGCCAUAUUUCCCUAUGUGGUGCUCAUCAUAUUCUUCUUUCGUGGCAUCACACUGAAGGGCGCCGCCGACGGGGUUGCCCAUCUGUUUACCCCACGCUGGGACACGCUGCUCGAUCCGGUGGUCUGGCUGGAGGCUGGCACACAGAUUUUCUUCUCGCUGGGCCUCGCAUUUGGCGGCUUGAUAGCCUUCAGCUCCUACAAUCCAGCCAACAACAAUUGCUAUCGGGAUGCAAUACUCGUUUCGCUAACCAAUUGUGGCACCUCUAUGUUCGCCGGCGUUGUGGUCUUUUCGGUGAUUGGCUUUAAGGCCACAGCGACCUUUGACCGCUGUACGGAGGACCGAGCCGCUCUGGUUGCCCAGAAUCGUACACACAAUUUACCCAUCUGCGAUCUGGAGCAGGAGCUGGCCAAUAGCGCCUCGGGUACUGGACUGGCCUUUAUCAUAUUUACGGAAGCGAUUAAUCAGUUUCCCGGCGCCCAGCUCUGGGCUGUACUCUUCUUUCUCAUGCUCUUCACACUGGGCAUCGAUUCGCAGUUUGGCACGCUGGAGGGCGUAGUCACAUCGCUGGUGGACAUGAAGCUAUUCCCCAAUCUGCCCAAGGAGUGGAUCGUUGGCGCACUGUGCCUCUCCUGCUGCCUGAUUUCCAUGUGCUUUGCCAACGGCGCCGGCAGCUACAUCUUUCAGCUAAUGGACAGCUUUGCCGGCAACUUUCCGCUGCUAAUUAUUGCGCUCUUCGAGUGCCUAUCGAUCAGCUACAUCUAUGGGGUGAGGCGUUUCUCGGAUGACAUUGAGAUGAUGACCGGCUCGAGGCCAGGCUUCUAUUGGAUGUUCUGCUGGAAGUACUUGUCGCCCUGCGCCAUGGUUACCAUACUGUUGGCCUCCUUCUACCAGCUGCUGACCGAGGGCAGCAGCUACCCGGCCUGGAUCGCGGCUAAGGGCGCCACCGAGAAUAUGGAGUGGCCACAUUGGUGCAUUGUCAUUGCCUUCAUCCUGAUACUCUCAUCCAUACUGUGGAUACCACUUGUGGCUAUAUUGCGUCUGUGCGGCAUCAAGGUAGUUGAGGAUUCGGAUCCUGCCUGGUUCCCUGAGGCGGAACUGAAAGAGGUGCACGGCAUCGUGCCCCAUGAGCCCACCGAGCUGGAGCGCAGCAUCUUUUGCUUUAAUAUGGACGGCACGGAGGGUAUGUGCUGUCCCAAAUACGGGCUGCCCGAGAAGUCGCUCGAAGAGGAGGAGGAAUAAAUGCGGCAGCUGCUGCAAUUGCUGACAAUAACGAAACUAAACAAUUAUGUGUAAAUAUGGACAAUAACUAAGCCAAAAGCUCGCUCACCGAUGGAAGUCAGCGUCAAUAUCGACAACUAUCUGUAUCUCCCAUGUAUGUUAUGUAUCUAUAUGUUCCCAAAGACUGCUCGAAAGACAACAACAAUGCUAGGAACCCCAAUGGCCACAGACAAAAACAACGGUGAACUCAGCGCCUGGUGCGCGGUUUCAGUAACAAAAAAUACAAAAAAAAACCAAACAAAAAAAAAAAUCAAAAUUAAUAAAACAAAUACUAAUAAAAAAACAAAACGACUUAAAUCUAUAAAAUGUUUCCGCAUAACUUCAUAAAUAUGUUCAAUGUUCUACGAUAAUUAUGUAUGUGUGUGUGUAUAAGGCAGCUCGGAUAGCAGAAAUGCCAGUAACAAAAUAAUCUGAAAUCAACUUCGGAAAUGAAUUUUUUUUUUAUUUUGAAUAUAUAUAGUUAAAAGUGGGACACAUUAUGGUACUCACAUAUACAAUACUCGAAACGUUUUGGCAUAACCCACAUACAUAUGUAUAUGUACUACAUUUCCGAUUUCAUAUGACGCGCCAUAUUCGAAGUUGAAUCAUUAAUUUUCACAUAAAUGAAGAAACGGAAAAAUUGAAAUGCAAAGUGAAAUUGACAACCAGUUGAUAAAAUGAAUUGCUGACUAUAUAUAUAUAUAUAUACAUAUGUACUUAUAUCUAAUAUAUGAAACUACUUAUAAAUGUAUUUAUAAUGUAAUCGUAUCUGAAGCGUUUAAAGACGCUUAAAGUUAAAGUGUUUCGAUAGUUUGUUCCGAAGUCCUCUAUACCUCUAUUUUGUUUUUGCCUUUAGUCUAUAUACAUAUAUAUAUAUGUAUGUAUACGUGCAAUAUAUGUUUAUUGAUAAAGCAAUGUUGAAACCGUACCAUAUCUUUUUAGUUAUAAAUAAUAAGUAUGACAUGUUAUACUGCUAGACACACUAUAUAUAUGCCCAUAUGAUUGUCUGUUGUGAUUCGCUUAGCUUUUUGUGUUGUUGUUCAAUCACUUAACAAGACGCCUUGGCUAGAAAAAUACCCUAUUCUCGUAUGGUUCUUAGUUUCUAUGUUUAAUUUGUAAUUGUUUUGUAGUUUCUAAGAUGCUUACUGGAGUUCUUUAUCAAGUGGGGACAGUAUGAAAACUGAAAUAAAUUUGAUCUGUGUUGCGAUUAUAAAAAACAUUUUCUAGCUCUUAAGUCGCUUAAAAUACGAACAUAUCUAUUAUAAUAAUAAUAUGUAUACAUACAGACAUUGUGCAUACGUCUAUUUUUUGGUCCAUAUUAGGAUCUAGAAUAUAUAGAAAUCUAAAUGUGUUUAGUUUCUUUUAGUUUUGAAUGUUAUUCUUAAAAAUUGUUAAUAAUUUCUCAGUACAACAAAUGUACUUAUUUAAGAUCUGAACGUCUUAGCCAAAUACAUAAGCUGCAUAAAUUGUAAUAACUGAGGUAUAGCUAAACGUGAUUGGAGCCAGUUACAUAUAUAUUUAUAUGUGCUAUAUAUCUGCGGGCUCUGAUCAUGCGGUGUUUUAACAGCUAUAUACUAUAUAGUAUACGUCUACAUAUAUUUUAAAUGCCUAACUAAACGAAACCGUUCAUCUAGCCGAAAUCGAAUUGUGUAGGACGACAAGAACUCGCUCUAACUUGGCUAUAAAUAUACUUAGAUAUACUAAAGGAGUUAUAAAUAUUAUUAAAAAAAAUAUAUAUAUAUAUCAUGCCACUGAAGGAAUAUACUUACAUAAGUACCUAUAUAUGUACGUAUUUAUGUGUGUUAAAUGUGCAAUGCAACUAAUAAUUUAUUUAACAUAGUUGUACUAUAUUUACAUAAAUACAUAUACACGCAUCCAUGUAUAGUUAAGAUUAUUAUAUAGUAUAUACAUGCGUGCAUAUUGAACUGUAUUAAGUGUUAUCGAUGUUGACAAUAAUUAUGAAAGAAUGUUUUAAUGCCAUAUACAA